AUGGCGUUACCGUAAGCAUCGACCAAAUUCAGCUGAUCGGUUCGUACAUACACACAAUAAGUAUCUAACAUAUCGAGGCGGCAUUGUACACUGCAAAACUAUCUUUUCUCUUUGAUGGUUUAUCAGUAGUGUGCCACGUGAAAAGCUUCAAGAACUGAAACAAACGAGGACUGAUUUUCCACGAUCUACGAUAAUAACUAUGUUCGGCCGUGUGUUUAUGUCAAAUUUUCGUAAUAUAUCGUUGCUGUCGAGGGUAUGGAAUGGACCUAACGGAGCAUUGGCUGGCAAACAAGCCGAAGAAAAAAUGAAACAGAUUUUAAAAAACAAAUUUCCUAAUGCUAAGCUGAUCGAAGUAAACGAUGUUUCCGGAGGGUGUGGAGCUAUGUUUGAAAUAAAUGUUGUUGCUAUAGAAUUCCAAGGAUUGAAUACCAUGAUGCAACAUCGUAUGAUAAACGAAGCGCUCAAAGAGGAAAUCAAAGACAUGCAUGGAAUAAGAAUAUACACCAGCAUUCCUGAAUUGUAGGCAACAUUUCAUUCUUUAGACAGAUGUUUCUUGCGUCUACAGUUGUAUUAAGGUGUACAAAGUUUUAUAAAUUGAUCGUAUACAUAUAUCGUAAAUAAAAAUAAUUAUCAUAUAGUGUAGAAAUAUAAA